AUCCAGUCUAUUCUGUGGGCAUUUCAGUUAGACAUUGCCAACGAGUAGAGCUGGGGAGUCGAACUUGCAAGAGAAGAGGAAGGAAAGAGUGACAUGAUGAAGAACGCUCAGCGCGGUAGGAACUCAAUUCCCAACUCGAGAACGCCCCCGCGUUGAUUCUCAUUUCAUGCUGACUUGUCGGCCUUUUUGUCCUUGCGGCAUGUUGCUCGGUUGUUUUUUCGUUUUGUUGUUUUGUCCCCUCAAGCAUCCAGACUCCAGUUUCCCACAACUGAGCUAGUCGUGUUGAAAGUGAUUAACAUGUCGCAAAAUUGGGACGUCAUGAGAGAGGUGUGUCGACAACACGUCGGGGGACGCCAUUUGAGUGCAUGAUGUCGUAUGGAAUGGGCGUGAAGAGUCGCAAAUACGCGGCCGAUGGCAUAGUAAAGUGCGAUUGCUCAGAGUCCACAACGACAUUUCGCCGUAACUUUUAGUUGCCGUCGUUCCGGCUUUCCCGCCGUUCACUCGGGCAAAUCCACCGACCCGUAGAUCUGAUGUUGCACUCUACUCACACCCAUUAUGUAUCAACAUGUCGAGUAAAGAGCUCGCGAGCUUUGUGAACACGGCAUGUCGACAAACGAAAAACUAGCGAAAAACAAAAAACCACAGCUACUUUCUUUUGUCGCGACAACGCCAUUUCCAACCGCGAUUGGCAACCGCGCCACCAUGACAAGUCACACUUUGCUCCAGAAAACGUGAUAAUUAGGUCCAUGUUCGUUUUCGCAUGCGUCGUCCCAAAUUCAGCCUUGCCUUUCCAGCGCGCACCUCACUCUUCAUUUUAAUCUAUAAACCUUUAAGCUUUAGUAUAAACUAAAUGUCUUCACGUCGUUUGCUCUUGGCGACGGGAUACACUCACUUGCCCCUCGACUCGCAACGCAGAAUGCCACUUGGGUACGAUCAAGGAGGCGCUUUCGGCAACGUCGACAGUUUGGAAGCCGCAAUGUCGUCUGACAUGGACCUUUUGUUCAAAACCAGACUGUGUGACGCGGAAUCACGUAUUCCCGAGGCGGUUGCGUGGGUUUGGUCGAGUCAACCCGCGGUUGCCGCCAACCCUGCGCGUGCGAGCACGACGUCACCAUCAUUGCAGCCGCCAGGCCCCGUCCAGUCUGUGUUCGAUGUUUGGAGCAUGCCCACGGCAACAACAGAGAUGAAUUACAAGCCGUCAACCGCGCAAGACCGGGCCACGACACUUGAAGCUCACGUGCCGGAACUGGAACUGCCGUCCGAAGCGAACGUUGCAGACCUGCUCGCCACCGUCGAACAAACCCUCCCAUCGCUCUCCUCAGAGCAGCUGGAGCACCUUUGGCAGCUGUCAUUCCAACAGCCUGAUGACUUGGCGCCGAUUGCGCAGCUGCCGCAGUCGCGAGGUCGGGUGGAGACCGAUGCACCUGUGGCAACGCGCCUCGAGACAUUUUCUGACGCGCCUCAGCCAAUAGCGUUCGCCGACUAUAAUGCAAUUUGGCAAAACUCAAAGCUGCACCUGGAACCCGAGGCGUCUCGGCGUCUGCCGGUGCGACCACACUUUGACCUCAAGCGGAUUGCUGCGCAGCUCGCCGAGCUAGAGCAUCGACGUGCCAUCGGGACGUUGCGCCCUGAAGACGCACGAGAGAUGCAAGCGACCUUGGAUAUGGCCAUUGCUGCGGCGUCGGCUGCCAGUGCGAACGUCCCAGUCGCUCAGGGCGCGGGCAGCGGUCGCACUACAGCAGCCAGCGGCACCAGCAUCAGUAACAGCAGCCCCCUGUAUCGUGUCAGCCCGUCUCGAGACUCAACGGGUGCUGAUGCGACACAAAGGACGUCCAGCUUGCUCGAGCAGCAGAAUCUGCUGGAGGCAGCUCUCAUGGACAGCGCCGACCACUUUGGUCGCAAGCGGUCCGCCUCGAUUGAUCGCAUGUCUGGGAUUUCGAUGAGCUCAGUCUCGUCGUUUAGUGGCUCGGUCGCAGGCUCGGCCGGGGUUGAUUCUCCCAGCAUGGCUGCUGAAUGGCUUGUCCGCCCGCAGUCUAGCGAGACUGCUGUUCCUCCAAAGCGAGAGUUUCACUUUGCGCGGUCCAGUUCCGCGGCGGAUUUGGGCUUGGGUGCCCGCCAUUUCUUUCCGCAAGAGACCCAAGCGAGGCAAGAGAGGGAUGCGCAUUGUCAGGACAGCCAUGCCUUGACCAAUAGCGAAAGCAAGCAAGGAGGCCUGGCGCACAGCGACGGCGCUGCACGCCGCCCGCGCCGUCGCCGGCUGUUCACCUGCCCGAUCGCAAAAUGCGGCCGUGAGUACCGCAAUCCAGGCGGGCUGCGCUAUCAUCUCGACCACGGACACGGCCCAACGGCGCAGUGCAAGAAGCCGUACAGAUGCCCAGUGCGAGGAUGCUGCAAGCGGUACACGACCGACACGAGCUUGCGCCACCACGUUGUCCACUCGCACAUGACUGGCUCCAAUCCCGCACGCGUGGACGACCUAAUGCAGCAGUCCAUUGAGCUGCAAGACGAAGAGCGCGCACAGUAUCUGGAGUAUCUUCGUGCACGCGCCUGUGCGAACGACGACAUGGCCGGCGAUGAAGACGACCAAGAAGGCCAAGUCACACACUCCGACGAUGACGACAAGAACGCAUGUGAUGCGGCCGACCCUGCAGCCCAUGAGCAGCAAGGCAUGGCUGAGACCACGGGCGUUUUUGACUUGUUUGGCGAUCUCGAUGCAACAGACCAAGAAGACGCACUCGACCACUACAUUUUUUAACUCGAUGAUACGGCCGAAAUAGGGCGUGGUGGGUUACAGUACCAAAGCCGUUCCCCCUACUUGUACAGAACUUUAGAGCUUUGGGUGGAGGAGAGUUGUUUGAGAUUUUCUCAAUGGCAGUUGUUGGGUCAGAGGCGCCAUCUAUUGGAACAAUGUUUUUAAAAUGUAUUUAAAUAGUUAUUUGUUUGUUUGUCUGUUUGUGUUGUUGUUGUUGUUGUUGUUUUUGGUUUU